AUGGCUAGGAAUCCAAAACGCAGUGCGUCUUUCUUCAAGGUUGUCAUAGGAGAUUUCGUUAACAAAUUGGGAAUUCCGCCAACCUUUGUCAAGUAUAUUCUCAAAGGAAAAGUUCCCUCCAUGUUCAACUUGCAUUCCGACUCGGGAAGCUUAUGGCGGGUUAGAGUCCAAGUAGAGCAAGGAAAAUACUUCUUCACCGGUGGUUGGUCAAAAUUUGCCAAACAUCACCGCCUGGAAAUAUGGGAUUUUCUAGUUUUCAAUUUGGUCGAUAGUUCAACGUUCGACGUGAUCAUUUACGACCGAACCGCGUGCGAAAAGAACAUCGCUCUUGCUGCUAAGCGAGGGAGGGGUCGACCACCAGCUGUAAACACAGUAAAUGAAGAAAAACCGAGCAAGAAAUCUUCUUCAGUCUCAAAGAACAGACGACCGGUUUCUCGUGAGAGAAAUGUCAGGCAGGAGGUUGAGUUUGUAUCAGAAGUAGCCCUGAAGCAUGUUUCUUUCACAACGGUUGUGAAAGAAUACCAGAAAUACUAUGUCUUUAUUCCGAGACGUUUCGCCCGACAAGCAGGCUUGGGAAAGCAAAAAACAACGAUUAUUAAGGGCCCAAGAGGUGACAUGUGGCCGAUGAACACUACGGGUGGGAUCCAGUGUCGCUUCGGCGGUGGAUGGUCUCACUUUGUUCAUGAACAUGGCAUAGUAGUUGGAGAUACGCUUCAGUUUCAGCACUUCCCAAACACAGGCAAUGUAGUUCACGUCCAGAUCGUUAACAAAACUGAUACCUCUGGAAAGAGCACCGGGCCUGCUGCUAAGCGAGGAAGAGGUCGACCUCGUAGGCAACCGCCAAGCGAACAAUGUGCUCCAAGUUCGGAUGAUGAGAUAAUCUCGGAGCAAGCUUCAUUUUCUAUGGUUUUGAAGAAGUACCAGGAGUACAAUGUUGCUGUUCCAAAAGGUUUCGUUGAAGAAACGGGCUUGGCAGAGAAGACGAGCAUGGUGUUCAAGGACUGGGAAGGGAGGACGUGGCCAAUAAACGUGCUGGUGGAUUCGAAAUCACAUGUUCGUCUAGGUUCCGGAUGGUCCACGUUUGUGAAAGAAAACGAACUAGAAGCCGGAGAUACCCUUUUGUUUCAGCACAUUCCCAACACCGGUAAUGUUAUUAACUUGAAGCUUAUUAGCAAGGCCGGAGAUGGGACUAGCAGGAAAAGAAGCAAGCGGGGAAAUGUCUUUUAA